ACCAGUUAAUCAUCAUUUUUCCCUGCGCCAGCACUUUAUGUUUGGCACUGUUUUACUCCAUCUCUCACAGGACCAGUGUGCACUUUGACCCAGAGGAUAUCCUGUGCCUGCUCAGCAGUUGGAUUAUGAGCGCACUAAAGACAACACAAGACGAACGAUCGUUACAGCUAAAGGCACUUUCAUCCAGAUAAAAGGAGAUUUAGGCAUCUUGCAAAGCAGAUAGAAAACAGACUGGAAACAUUACACUGACUUAUAAGCCUGACAAUGAUGGAAGAGGUAAAAACAGUGACAUCUGCUCUGAGCGUCCACAGUCAUAACAUCAAGGUGACAGAGGUGCUGAAAGACGGGGACACGCUCACCUUCAUAAUUGUAUCUCAAAAGCUGUCUGGGACGGGGGAGUACAUUGUGGACCGGACCUGUGAUGAUUUUGAAUGGUUGCAGCAGCAUCUGUUCUCUCAGGAGGAUGUGCCCGGGAUUCAGGGAGUCAUAUUUCCUCCUCUUCCUGCAAAGGCCCAGUUGAAUGCAUCUGCCAAAGUUAUGAAGCAGCUCGGUUUCCUUGCUUUAGGAGAGUGGCAGCCAUACUGUAAAGCACUGGAAACCUUCCUCCGGCAGACUGCUGCACAUGGCAUACUCAGCAAAAAUAAAGCUGUGGAGAUUUUCCUGACCAGCUCAGAUCCUCCGGGCAGACAGAGAGCAAGGAAAAACAUUUUCAACCGACUGAGUCAAGCUGUGGAGGAGAUGAGGAAGGAAGGCCAUAAGGAUGUGGAUGACUUCUUUCAAACGGAACGUAAUCAUAACAUUGUUCUAACUGGCUACAUCAAGACUGCAGCUGAGAGACUCCUGGAUGUGGUGCUAACUGAGCAGAAAAUAGCAGUGGCUUGUGGGCACUUCUCAGCUGCUCUGCAUCUCUGCGUGGAGCCUGGAGACGAUCCGGACAAACAGGCUUUCUCUAAGACUUGUGUGAAAUUGUCAGAGGCCUUUGACUGUACGAAGAAAAACAUGGCAACUGUUGCUGAGAACAACGCAAGCACCCUUGGGCUCGGCCUGGACCUCGAGUCACGCUACCAAGAAGCAGAAAGGGAAAUGCUCUUCAGGAGAACCUGUAAACUGGUGGAAUUAGAGACUGCCAGAAGGAAUGCAGAGAAGGCCAAACCUGUAAAGAAGGCUGCUAUGGAGGAGGUGAAGAAAGCAGCAGAGACGGAGUUUGAUCACAUUUCUAGAGUAGCUAAGCAGGAGAUUGCACACUUCAAGGUUGUGCGUGUGGAGAUGCUGCAGCAGGCUCUGGUUCAGCUGUGUGAAAAGCAACUUCUCACAGCCAAGGAAACCGCUGACCAGUUCAGUCGGCACCUGCAAGCCUUUAGAGGGAUGGCCUAGUGACCCCAUGCUUAAUGAAGCAUCCUCAGUGUGUCUAAACAUAGUAUGGGAUAACCCAAACACGUCCUUCAGAUUGUGGUGACGCUUUAUUGGAUUCAGUUCUAUCCAAUGUGCAUAAAGAAAUCUAAGUUAAUGAGAGAGGUAAAUCAAACAGCACUCCUGUAAUCUUUAUACACAGACACACACAAACGCACUUACUUCCCCUUCCUUUCUAGUCAGUCACACUAAAACCAAUAAAGCCCUUUCCAGAACCAA